AUGGCGAGCUUCAUGGCUAAUCUGUUCCCUGGCGGGAAGCAACAAGACAAGAAAGAGGAGCGACCCACAACCCCGACCAAGACCACGACUACCAGCUUCGUAACUCCAGCCAGCACGCCGCAAGGCAGCCCAAGCAAGAGGACCGCGCCGCCCGGUGCGAAUGAGCUUCCCGUUGCUCUGGAGGGCUUGAAGCUCGCAUCGGGUCCUAAUGUUCUCGACAGUCCGGUCAAGCUGGAGCGACCGCAUAGCGUCGUCGCCAUUCCUCUGUCCCCCGGCAAGAGCAAUGUUCAGAACCAUGACGAUACAUCUAGCGUCGUCGACGACAGCAUCGUCCACAAAGGCAUUACCCCCCUAGGCAGCCCUCCCAAGAACCAGGGCCAGGAGAACACCCCCCCAACCGUCUCCCGCGACGCACCCCCAGAGCCUACCAGCCAGCCGAGCCACGCUGCUGUGACGCGCCGAGGUCUUUACCACCUCCGGGAGCGGGCGUCGCCGACGGUCAAGAGAUUCAACACGACGCGGGGUCUGACUGCAGAGGAGCGCGAGAUCCUGCAGAAGCCCCAUGUCAAGCGCAUGGUCAAUGGUUAUCCGAACCUGAUUCUGACUUGUAUAGAUUUCCUCGAUUAUUAUUUCGACCUCCUCACGUACGUCGGAUCGAGGCAGAAGCGUCUCGCUGCAUUCAGAGAGGAGUUCCCGGUGCCGCCAAACACGGACGAAGAGACAUAUGGCCAGAUGUGGUCCAAGUACGCAGGCCGAGAGCGCGCCAAUCUCCGCAAGAGACGUGUGCGACUGCGCCAGGGCGACUUCCAGAUCCUGACGCAGGUCGGCCAGGGCGGGUAUGGCCAAGUAUUCUUGGCACAGAAGAAGGACACAAAGGAGGUGUGCGCACUCAAGGUCAUGAGCAAAAGGCUGCUGUUCAAGCUGGACGAGGUGCGCCACGUAUUGACAGAGCGGGACAUUCUUACGACCGCCAAGAGCGAGUGGCUCGUCCGCUUGCUGUACUCCUUCCAAGAUGAUAAGAGCAUCUACCUGGCCAUGGAGUACGUACCGGGUGGCGACUUCCGCACCCUCCUCAACAACACAGGCGUCUUGUCCAACCCGCACGCGCGCUUCUACAUAGCCGAGAUGUUCUGCUCGGUCGACGCCCUCCACCAGCUGGGCUACAUCCACCGAGAUCUCAAGCCCGAGAAUUUCUUGGUCGACUCGACGGGCCACGUGAAGCUCACCGACUUUGGUCUGGCGGCAGGGUUUUUGGCCCCCUCCAAGAUCGAGUCGAUGAGAGUCCGUCUCGAGAAAGCCUCGGAGACGUCGGUUCCGUUCGGCAAGCCCAUGGAGCAGCGGACUGUGGCUGAACGGCGAGAGGACUAUCUGAUGAUGCGCGAAAAGGACGUCAACUACGCCAAGUCGAUCGUGGGAUCGCCCGAUUACAUGGCGCCCGAGGUGCUCAGGGGCGAGGAAUACGACUUCACUGUUGACUACUGGAGCCUGGGCUGCAUGCUCUUCGAGGCCCUAACCGGGUUCCCUCCGUUCGCAGGGUCGACACCAGACGAGACGUGGCGAAACCUAAAGCACUGGCGCGAGGUGCUCAAGCGACCCGUGUGGGAGGAUCCGAGCUAUUUCCUGAGCAGCAGGACCUGGAACUUUAUCAUAACUUGCAUCAACUCGCGGUCCAAACGGUUCUCCAAUAUGAAGGACAUCUUCAACCACCAGUACUUUGCUGAGGUGGAGUGGGCAGUGCUUCGCGAGACCAAGGCGCCGUUUGUGCCCGAACUGGACUCGGAGACGGAUGCCGGGUACUUUGACGACUUCAGCAACGAGGCUGACAUGGCCAAGUACAAGGAAGUGCACGAGAAGCAGAUGGCGCUUGAGACGCUGGCAGAGCGUGACGAGGAGAUGAGCAAGAGCCUAUUCGUGGGCUUCACCUUCCGCCACCGGAAGACGGCGGGAGAGGACGGCGGCAGCCCGCGCAAGCCCAUCCCGUUCGAGGACAACACGUUUGGCACCAUGCUGUAG